AUGGCAGACUUGACAGUUGCGGAUGAUGACGAUAUUUUGAGUAUGUUUUUUGACGAGGAAUUCGUUCCUCAUGCAUUUGUUGAUAUACUUUUGUCAAACGCUUUGAACGAAGACCAAAUUCAAACGCAAUCUGUAUCCUCACUGCUAUUAACCAGGCUAGACUUUUACACGAAGAACCUUACGAAGGAAUUGGAAAAUACUAUAUGGAAUUUGAACAAAUUAUCUCAAACACUUCCAAGAACCUGGGUAUCAACCAAAUACCACGAAGAAUCAGUAAAGGAUGAUUUUCCGCUCUAUUCGAAUGAAUUGUUAAGAUCGUCUAAGCUUGAAUAUUACUUGGAUACUUUGGCAAGUGCUGUAAGAGCAUUAGAAACAGGAAUGCAGAAUGUGACUGAAAGACUGGGUGAAAUAGAUCAAGAAAAUGAUGAUAAUAUCAGUGUUAGACAACAACUACAAAGUUUAAUGCUAAUCAAAGAAAGAAUUGAAAAAGUGAUAUACUAUCUAGAACAAAUCAAAACAGUUACAAAUAUUUCGGCGACGAGUGAAAAUGAAAAUGCAACUAACGUAGGCACAGAUCUUUCAAUAAGCGAUUUUAGAACAUCAUUGAAAGCGUUAGAGCAUACAAUUGAUGAGUCGUUAAGUUUGGCGAUCGACAACGAAGCUAAAGAUGAAACGAAUACGGAUCUAAUAAGAAGAAUUGACUCACUUUCUGAAAUGAAAAGCCUGUUUAAAGGUCUAGAUAAGUUCUUUGCUGAAUAUGCUACUUUUUCAGAGAGCAUAAAACUGAAAGCACAAAGUUAUUUAUCAACCAAGGAUACUAAUGAAGAGCUAAUAUCGUGA